CUGCUACUAUUGGUACGGUUGCAGUAUUUUGCAUAUAUAGUUUUUUCUGGUAUGAACAACUCCGGUUGUUUAUAGCCGAAAUAGGAGAACACAACAGAAAAUCACCUCUCCGACCAAAAGUCUAAAAGUCUAACUUUUUGGUCGUCCUUGAAAACGGAUGUUUUUUUGUCCAAACCGGACUGGUAUUUGGUCCGCUCGUAAGAGAUACGCUUGGUUUGCGCCAUCAGAUGAGUGGUUCAAGAAGUAGAGCCAGAGAGGGAGCAUGAAGCUAUACGGACUUGAAAAGAUGCGAAUACUUCUGUAUGUGCAGAAGGCUGCAUUGCACUUUAUUGAUGCGGCCAGUCAGAUGGAUCAGCCAAGUAUUUCAGACGAGAUGAGGCAGGCUGGUUUCCAAAUUGAUCCGGAGGAGCUUGCUGCCAUUGUUCGUUCCCAUGAUUCCAAGCGCUUGGGGUUCCACGGGGGAGUGGGAGGUUUGGAGCGAAAGCUGUCGGUCUCUCUUGAGAAUGGUGUGCCCUCGAGUGAGAUUACGCGAAGGCAAAAGCUCUUUGGCUUGAAUAGAUUUGUUGAGAAACCUUCCAGGCCUUUCUGGAUGUAUGUGUGGGAGGCUCUUCAGGAUCUAACCCUGCUUAUCCUCAUGGUUUGUGCUGUGGUCUCUAUAGGUAUUGGAAUUGCCACGGAAGGGUGGCCAAAGGGCAUGUAUGAUGGGGUGGGGAUAAUUCUCUGCAUUUUCUUGGUGGUUCUAGUCACUGCAGUCAGUGACUACAGGCAGUCUUUGCAGUUCAAGGACCUGGAUAAAGAGAAGAAAAACAUCAAGAUUCAUGUCACCAGAAAUGGGGGCAGAGAAAAAGUUUCUAUCUAUGAUUUAGUUGUUGGGGAUAUUGUUCACCUGUCUAUUGGAGAUCAAGUUCCCGCAGACGGGCUGUUCAUAUCGGGUUACAGCUUAUGGAUUGAUGAAUCCAGCUUGUCAGGGGAAAGCGAGCCGGUUAGCAUUGAUGAACGGAACCCCUUUCUUCUGUCAGGGACUAAAGUGCAAGACGGAUCAGGCAAAAUGCUCGUGACAGCAGUUGGAAUGAGAACCGAGUGGGGAAGAUUAAUGGUUACCUUGUGUGAAACCGAAGAGGACGAGACACCAUUGCAGGUGAAACUAAAUGGUGUAGCCACUAUUAUUGGGAAAAUCGGUCUGGCUUUUGCUAUCUUGACAUUCGUGGUGCUCACGGGCAGGUACUUGGCAGUAAAGGCAAGUCUUGGUGAAAUCAUGGAAUGGGAUGCAAAUGAUGCGUUGCGCCUCAUGAAUUUCUUCGCCAUUGCUGUAACUAUACUAGUUGUUGCUGUUCCAGAAGGGUUGCCAUUAGCAGUGACACUAAGUCUGGCAUUUGCAAUGAAGAAACUAAUGAGCGACAGGGCUUUAGUCAGGCAUCUGUCUGCCUGUGAGACAAUGGGUUCUGUUACUUGCAUCUGCACAGAUAAAACAGGAACAUUGACUACAAACCACAUGGUGCUAACCAAGAUGUGGAUAUCGGGAGAAACCAAGGCAAUAAAUCAAAUCACUGACCCUAGAAACACAUUGAAGUCUUCAAUAUCAGAGAAGACGCAUACAGUUCUCUUGCAUUCCAUAUUUCAAAACACGAGUGCUGAAGUUGUCAAGGAUAAAGAUGGGAAGAACAACAUACUCGGUUCUCCAACAGAGAUGGCAUUGUUAGAGUUUGGGUUGAUACUUGAAGGUGAUUUCCAAUCAAGAUCCCGGGGAACCAAAAUUGUAAAAGUCGAACCUUUCAACUCAACUAAGAAGAAAAUGUCUGUUCUUGUGGCUCUUCCAGGAGGUGGCCAUAGAGCAUUCUGUAAGGGCGCAUCAGAAAUCAUCUUAAGUGUUUGCAACAAAAUUAUUAACAAGGAAGGGCAGUCCAUACCUCUAUCUGAUGAACGUAGAAACGCUAUCUCCAAUGCUAUAAAUAAAUUUGCUUGUGAAGCUCUGAGAACACUUUGCCUGGCUUUUCAAGAUGUAGAAGGCUAUUCUCCUAGCAGUAAUAUUCCAGAAAACGACUAUACACUCAUAGCUCUUGUUGGAAUCAAAGAUCCAGUUCGGCCUGGUGUGAAAGAAGCUGUUCAAACUUGUUUAGCUGCAGGAAUUAAAGUGAGAAUGGUUACCGGUGAUAACAUCAACACUGCCAAGGCCAUAGCAAAAGAAUGUGGCAUACUGACUAAUGAUGGUAUAGCCAUUGAAGGCCCAGAUUUUCGUGACAAAACCCCUGAGGAAAUGAAGGAUAUGAUGCCAAAGUUGCAGGUGAUGGCACGAUCUUUACCUUUGGACAAACACAAAUUAGUUACCAUGUUGAGAAGGGAUUUCCAGGAAGUGGUGUCAGUGACUGGUGAUGGGACUAAUGAUGCUCCCGCUUUGCAUGAGGCUGAUAUCGGAUUAGCUAUGGGCAUAGCAGGAACAGAGGUUGCCAAAGAAAAUGCUGAUGUUGUGAUAAUGGAUGACAAUUUUUCAACUAUAUUGAACGUGGCAAAAUGGGGCCGCUCAGUUUACAUUAACAUCCAAAAGUUUGUUCAGUUCCAGCUGACAGUGAACGUCGUUGCCCUCAUUAUAAACUUCAUUUCUGCCUGUGUUACAGGCUCUGCACCCCUUACUGCUGUUCAGCUCCUUUGGGUGAAUAUGAUCAUGGACACUCUAGGCGCUUUAGCACUCGCAACAGAGCCUCCCACUGAUGAACUAUUGAAGCAGCCACCUAUUGGAAGGAAUGUUAACUUCAUUACAAGGAUCAUGUGGAGGAACAUCAUAGGCCAAAGCAUCUACCAAAUGAUAAUCCUUUGUGUACUCCAGUUUCGUGGGAAGGAUCUCUUAAACCUUGACGGUCCACUUGCUACUAUAACUCUAAACACCAUGAUCUUCAACACCUUUGUGUUCUGCCAGGUAUUCAAUGAAAUAAACAGCAGGGACAUGGAGAGAAUAAAUGUUUUCAGUGGCAUGUUUAGCAGUGGGUUAUUCAUGGGAAUCAUAAUCUCCACAGUGGCUUUUCAGGCAGUGAUAGUGGAAUUCUUGGGGACAUUUGCAGAUACAGUGCCAUUGAGUUGGAACCUGUGGGUAGCCAGCAUCUUGAUGGGGGCUGUAAGCUUGAUCAUUGGAGUUCUCCUGAAAUGCAUCCCCGUUCCACCAUCCAAUGACUCUGAAACAAUCAAGAACCAUGACGAUUAUGAGCAGAUCCCAUCGGGACCUGACCAGGCAUGAAGAGUAGGUUAGAAUUUCUGCAGAUUUUGGUUACCCAAAUUUAUACAGGAUGUAGCAGUCAAGAAAUAUUCAUGUUUUAGGCUAACUCUAGCUCUGCUUUUUUUUUCUUUUUUCUUUUUUCUUUUUUCUUUUUUCUUUUUCCUUGAUAACAUUGAGAUUCAAGACUGCCCUGGCCUUCCCAUUAUAGAAGCCAGAGAGCUGUAGUUCCUUUUGUUAUUUUGUCAUCUGUAAUUCAUUUUUGCCAUUCCAUAAAUUUCUUCCCAUUGUUUAUGUAAAAUGGAGAGGGCAACUCAUUAUGUGUAAAUUACAGAAAGAUCUCAUUGGUGUUGUACUUCAUUUU